UGAUUAAAACUAGCCACAUUAAAAUAUGAAUGUUUUUCGGUUUCAUUAUGUUUUUAUAUGCAAGACAGAAUAAUUCGACUAAAUCAUAAUUACUUAAACUUCACAAACAUAAUAUAUCAGAUAACGUUAUUGAAUAAGAGUAUAAUUUGUAACAUUGUAAAUAAGAUAAGAACGAUUCUGAAAAGGUCAAUAUCAGGUUCUUUAAUUGUGAAACAUAUAAGAAGUGCUUUUAUGCAAAUACCAUCAGUAUUGAACUAGCAGGGGAACAUAAAAAAUGUCUCUUAGGAAACUGACCACAUGCUUUUUAAAAGUAAACAGUCCACACAACAGCCUGGUGAGAUGUUUCAGUCUACACAAAUUGUCUGAGGAACACUUAAUGUUGCAGAAGACAUGCCGUGACUUUGUUGAAGCAGAAUUAAAGCCUGUUGCAGCUCAAUUGGAUAAAGAGCACAAAUUUCCAGCUGAUCAGAUUAAAAAGUUGGGAGAAUUGGGAUUGUUAUCCAUCAACGUGAACGAAAAAUAUGGCGGAUCUGGCCAGGACACUUUGGCUCUAUCUGUUGCUGUUGAGGAAAUCGCCAAAGGCUGUGGUGGUACCGGCACAAUUGUUUCCGUGCACAACUGUCUCUACGUAAAUCUUAUUGACCGUUGCGGCACCGAAGAGCAAAAAGAGAAGUUCCUGAAGCCAUUCACUUGUGGUACAUUGGGUUGCUUUGCCUUAAGUGAACCAGAUGCUGGAAGUGACGUGGGUGGUAUGUCUACAACUGCCGUCUUAGAUGGAAAUAGUUACAUUUUAAAUGGUACAAAAUCUUGGGUGACAAGCGGCACAGAAGGAAAAGCUGCCGUUGUUUUCGCCACUAUCGAUAAAAAUUUGAAACACAAAGGUAUUACUGCAUUCCUCAUUCCACUGCCAACGCCAGGCCUUUCUCUAGGCAAGAAGGAAGACAAACUUGGCAUCAGGGCUUCUUCCACCUGCAACCUGAUCCUAGAAGACGUCCGAGUUCCCAAGGAAAAUGUAUUAGGUACAGUCGGUGGCGGUUUUAAAAUGGCUAUGGAGCAAUUGGACAAAGCCCGCGUGGGCAUCGCGUCUCAGGCUCUGGGCAUUGCCCAAGCUGCUUUGGAAGUGGCGGUUGAUUAUGCAGCUCAGCGUAAAGCAUUUGACAAACCUAUUAAUAAGUUUCAAGCCGUCAAACUUCGUCUCGCCGACAUGGCUUUAAAACUGGAAGCUGCACGUUUGUUGGUGUGGCGGGCCGCAGUGCUUUGCGAUGAACCUGGUAGAUCGACCAAGGAAUCAUCUAUGGCCAAAUUGGCUGCUAGCGAAGCUGCAACAUUCGUAUCCCAUAGUGCAAUUCAGAUAUUGGGCGGAAUGGGUUAUGUCACUGACAUGCCCGCAGAACGCCAUUACAGAGAUUCCAGAAUUACAGAAAUUUAUGCUGGAGUAAACGACAUUCAAAGACUGGUGAUUGGAGAUCUAAUUGUAAAGGAAUACGAGUAAAUGUUCGCGUAAAGUGAUAUUUUUAUUAUACACUGAUAUAUUUUUAUAGAUCUUUUUUAUUCAAAUACAUGGUGUUAUUGUUUA